AUGGUGACUAAACACGCAUUGAAGCUGAUACGCUUCAGGAUUCACGUUGUCGAAAUCUCCGAUUCAGAGCCAAAAUGCCACACGUCGAGGAGUCCAUCCAGCUGCCGCGGGAUUUCGAGGGAUUUGGCGAGGCUGGACAUGACGCAAAAUGGCCAAACGGUGCCCGCAUUGCCGUCAGCUUUAUUCUGAACUACGAGGAGGGAGGCGAGCGAAGCUGGAACGACGGCGACGGUCUUAGCGAGCCCUACCUGUGGGAGAAGGGCAGCAGCGGAGGCGUGAAGCCGGGCGGGCGCCAUCUGAACAGCGAGCACGAUUUCGAGUACGGAUCACGGAGCGGAUGUUGGCGAAUCUUUCGCCUGAUGAAGGAGUUUGGCUGGAACAUGACUCUGUACGCGAUCGCGCAAGCGAUGGAGCGCAAUCCCGAAUUUGCCCAAGCUUGUGUGCGAGAAGGUCACGAGAUUGCCGCCCACGGGCUUCGCUGGCUCGAAUUUUGGGAUUACAGCGUUGAAGAAGACAAGAAGUACAUCAGAGAUACCUUCUCGGAGCUCGAAAGGGUCACUACCAAACGACCCGUGGGAUUUUACUUUGGAAGAGGAACCCCCCAAACGCAUGUACUCGUGCCAGAAGUGUGCAAAGAGCAAGGUUGGGAGCUGAAAUACUCAAGCGAGGCAUACAACGACGAUGUGCCGUACUGGGUCGAUCUACCUAGCGAAGCCGGUUUGCCGGAGUCCGAGAGAAAGGGCAUGCUUAUUGUUCCAUACAACUACGAUUGCAAUGACGGCAAGUUCCACAUGUCUCCUGGUUUUGUUACCAGUGCAGGUCAAAUGUACGAGGAUUACCUGAAAAGCACGUUCGACUGCUUGUAUAGAGAGGGCGGCAAAAUGAUGAACAUCCCCAUGCAUUCAAGAAUUGUUGGUAAGCCCGGCCGGUCUGAGGCCCUCCGCAGGUUCAUGCAAUACAUCGCUUCAAAGGACGGCGUUUGGGUAACCACCCGAGAGAAAAUUGCCGACCACUACCGCGAAACAUUCCCGUAUAAGCCAGGCAGCAAGACGGGUGGGCCGUGAAAGGGACAUUGCAUGAGUCGACAAGCACGGAGACUGUCGUAGGUACGAUCGCAGGUUUCGCUUUGGGAGCUCUGUGGCUGAAUCGUGUUGACGGCAUUCAUGUUUUGAGCAAACGGAAGCUGCACGAAUCUGUCUGCCAUGAUCGCUCGACAGCUCAGAACACGAGUACGUAUCUCUUCGAACCAGAGAUGUCCCUACAGCGUUUUCGGUGCUGCAAAAAGUUUACUUGACAUUGUCCCCAUUUUUGAUAGAGAGCUCUUGGUCCACCGCUUGUCACGUAGAAAGCAACAGUGUUGGCAAAUUGAUAACGCCGUAUCAAGCAUUGGCAUGGGCUGAUAAUACAAUAAGAUCACAAUUUUUUUCCUCA